UCUCCAUCCUCAGCCGCAAAAGCUCCAUGGGGACACGCACAGUCACACUUUAGCCACUGCUGAUCACCAUCCACUGCAGGCUGUUUUUAUGACUUUCAAACUUUCUCUGGGGUGGAAUAUGAAACAGCUUUUUUUUUUCUUUAAUGGAUUGGUAAUGAGGCAGUAGGAUUAUCAUUAUUUCUACAGUAACGUUAUUAAUUGGACUUUGAUGAGGACUUUGUCCUUGUCUUUUGUCGGAUGAUGGCGCAGACACUGUCCGUCAUUCCACUACUGGGCAUUAUUCUGGAAAUCACUUGUUUUGCUGCAGCGGAACUGCGGUUUAUAUCUGAUCCACCGACACUAAAUAUCUAUGGCAUCCAUAGGAUGAACAAAUCUGACAACCUUGAACUAACAUGCAGAGGUCGGCAGAAUUUGAGGUGGACCACACCUGCUAUAAGCACUCGUUACUCUAUCAGUGACUGCAGCGGAUCAGGACUGUUCUGCAAAAGGCUCACGAUCACCAAUUCAACUGUCAAUGAAACUGGACAGUAUCAGUGUUUCUACAUAGGCCUGAAAGCUGAAGAUGGUAAAACCUCAGCAGCAGUUUAUGUGUUUGUUCAAGAUUAUAAGGUGCCAUUUGUGCCAUCUGAAAAGGAAUAUGAGGUGGUGUUUAUCCGUGAAGGGGAGCGAGUGGUAAUACCAUGCCGGGGCUCGGUGGAGAAUCUCAAUGUCACACUAAACAUCAAGUAUCCAGUAAAGGAGUUUCAUCCGGAUGAGAAGGAUUCUGUGUGGGAUGCAAGGACGGGCUUCACUGUUCCCACUCAUCUGAUCAGCUACGCUGGUGUUGUGUCCUGCCAAACUCGUAUUGGAAACGAGACAUUUAAGUCCCCGCUCUACAUUGUGGCUGUUGUUGGAUACAAGAUUUAUGACCUCACCCUGACCCCCAACAAUGUAAGGCUGUCUGUGGGGGAGCAGCUCAUACUCAGAUGCACUGCAUUCACAGAGCUGAACGUGGGCAUCGAAUUCAACUGGACGCACUCUGGUGGGGCUCUGACUUCGGUCAAUGGUUCAAGGCCGCCCCACACAAUUCCCCACAAGAAGAAGCUGUGGAACUCUCUGGAGCUGUCAAACACGCUGAUCGUGGAGAAUGUGACGGUAGCUCACGGAGGAGAAUUCAUCUGCUCUGCUUCGAGUGGGCAGAUGGAGAAAAGCGCUUCGGCAUUUCUUACAGUUUAUGAAAAACCUUUUAUUGAUAUGGAAGAGCCCUGGACAAAGGUGUGGGAGGUAAAUGUGGGAGAACCAUCUACAUACAUCCCCGUGAAGUACUCAGCUUACCCUGAACCCAUCAUUAAAUGGUUUAAAAAUGACCUCCCAUUGAAUGACUACAGAAUAAAACAGAAGAGUGAUGCCCUCGUCAUACGUGAAGUUAAAGAAACAGACGCUGGCAUUUACACAGUUAUCCUGACCAAUAAAAUUACAAAAGAGGAACAGAGGCGCUCUUUCCAGCUGCUGGUCAAUGUUCCUCCUUGUAUCAUAGAGAAGGAGAUGGCAGUGGACACUGAUGUGUACCUGUACGGCAGCAGCACGACUCUGAGCUGCACCGCUCGUGGAUUUCCCGUACCUACACACAUCCAGUGGGAGUGGAUGUCCAAAGAGGACUGCCCAGAGGCUUUCAUGCAAGUCAACUCUUCAGUGUCAAGACUUGUUAGGUCUGAAUCACAGCUGAAGGAGUGCACAAAUUGGAGAGAUGUCAGCAACAGAACUGGUCACAACCACGUACAGCCAAUUAGAACUGACACUGAUCAAGCUCAAAAGAAAAUCACGAGCUCUUUAAAGAUUCAGAAAGCUGAGGCUCACGCCCUCUACAGAUGCACGGCUGCGAACAAAGUAGGCAAGGAUUCACGUGUCAUCUUUUUCCAUGUAACACGUGGCCUUGAGGUGACUAUGUCUCCCUCUAACAGGCCUUUGGAGGAGGAUCAUGUCAUUCUGCGGUGUAAGGCAGACUCACUGAUCUACGGCAACCUCACCUGGUUUCGUGUGACCAACGUUUCCAAGUCAGAGCAGGGAACAUUGGCGCAGCCUUGUCGCUCACUGACUCUGCAGCCUACUCCACUGUCGCAUGCUGUCCUGACCCCCCAGCCUGGCACCAAUGUGACUCUGGAGCUGUCACUUCGCAAUGCGUCCCAUCAGGAUGAGGGCCUGUACGCCUGUCAGGUGGUAAACAUCAUCACUGGGGAGAAAACCUGCCUGCUACACAGUGUUUCUCUCAGAGACCUCGAGGCUCCAAGGAUCCUUAAUAACUUCACUGACCAAAAGGUUAGAGUAAGUUCGACAGUCACUCUCCGCUGUAUGGCUGCUGGGACGCCAAACCCGACUGUUGCCUGGACCAAAAACAACCACACUGUUGUGGAGAGCUCAGGUGUUACUCUGAAUCAGCAGAACCGUAGUCUGACAAUUCAGCGUGUGACGAAGGAGGACAGUGGUCUGUACACCUGCACUGUAUGUAACAGCCUUGGGUGUGACACAGCACAGGCCUCUUUGAGUACUGAAGGUGCGGAAGAGAAGACUAAUGUGGAGCUGAUUGUUCCUAUUGGGUCAGUGGUCAUCGCUAUGUUUUUCUGGUUACUGAUCGUCUUCGUCAUCCGCGGGAGAAAGAGACCAAAUGGAGUGGAUCUGAAGACCGGCUACCUCUCCAUGAUCCUUGACUCAGAGGAUAUGCCAAUGGAUGAGCAGUGUGAGAGGCUCACCUACGAUGCUAGCAAAUGGGAAUUCCCCCGGGACAGGCUGAAACUUGGUGAGACAUGAUUAUCAUUCAAACAAUCUUUGAGAAGACUUGUUAAAACAAACAUCUGCACUGCUACCAACCAGUAACUAAUGUUAUCUCUAUGUGCAGAGGGAGCCACAGCAAGUGAGUACCGCGCCUUGAUGUCAGAGCUGAAAAUUCUCAUCCACAUUGGACAUCAUCUUAAUGUGGUCAACCUGCUGGGGGCCUGCACGAAACCUGGGGGACCGCUGAUGGUUAUUGUUGAAUACUGUAAACAUGGAAAUCUAUCCAGCUACCUUAAGAGCAAGCGCGGAGAGUACAGCCCCUACAAGAGGAAGCGAGUAAAUAGCCAGAGGUGGGUGACUGCAGAGGAGGAUGUGACUGAGGGGGAUCUGGGUCUGGGGAAGAUUGCCCAGCUGGACAUCUGCACAGGAACAGCGGUCUGUUCUACCACUUCAGACAGGGCUUCAGGCAGCAACAUGGACAUUCAGAAAGAGAGUUCAGAUGAUGACCAUCUAACCAUGGAAGACCUGAUAAGCUACAGCUUCCAGGUGGCCAAAGGAAUGGAGUUUCUGUCUUCUCGCAAGUGCAUUCACAGAGAUCUGGCGGCCAGAAACAUCCUGCUUUCAGAAAACAAUGUGGUGAAGAUUUGUGACUUUGGUCUCGCUAGAGAUGUCUACAAAGACCCGGACUAUGUCCGCAAAGGAGACGCACGUCUCCCUCUAAAGUGGAUGGCUCCUGAGACCAUAUUUGACCGCGUAUACACCACGCAAAGUGAUGUUUGGUCCUUUGGCGUCCUUCUCUGGGAGAUCUUUUCCUUGGGGGCUUCUCCUUAUCCGGGUGUUUGCAUUGAUGAAUCAUUCUGCAGGAGGCUUAAGGAAGGUACCAGGAUGAGACCACCCGAAUACGCCACCACUGAGAUAUACCAGACCAUGUUGGACUGCUGGCUGAAUCGUCCCACAGACAGGCCAACAUUUACCGAACUGGUUGAACACCUGGGAAACCUGCUACAGGCUAGUGCCCAGCAGGAUGGGAAGGACUAUAUACCUUUGACAGUAGGUGAAGCAGAAGAAUGCCAAGCAGCCCCUGACCCCAGGAGACCGUAUAGCAGGCCCCAAAGUGGCGAAAUUCUUGAAGCCCGGCUUAACUAUGACAACCCAUCAUCCCUUGGGUUGUCCCAACAGAAUGAGAGGUGCAGUCGUCCCCUCAGUGUGAAGACAUUUGAAGACGUCCCUGUGGCGCACAGCAGUGUCAUGGAGGGUCACACAGACAGUGGCAUGGACUUCUCACCAGAGGAGAUGAAGGGUCUGAAUCAACAUCUACCAACCACACCCAACUUAAGCCAACUGUUGCGGUGCAAGAGUAAAGAGUCUCUGGGUUCGGAGUCAUCCAAUCAGACGAGUGGAUAUCAGUCAGGGUACCACUCUGACGACGCAGACACCCCAAUAUAUGCCAACGAGGAAAUCAUCAUGAAGCACAAAAUGCUGAAGAAGCCUCCUCUGCCCAAGACGCCGGAUAAAUUCAACAUGGAGAUCCGCUACAGCACGCCACCAGUCUGACCCCAUUUUUUCCCCGCAGUCUUUUCACUGUACAGUAUUCAUUUAAUCUCUGCGGGUAUUUCACACAAGGAACGAUACAAGUAAUAGAACUUUACGUGUUCACUGUGGAGCUGAGAUAUUUUCACAAGCAAUACUAUAAUUAUUCAGCAGAGAAAAAUGAAGGUUGUAUGAUAAGUUUGUAAGUGCUCUCUUUGGACAGCCGGAGAAAUGCUAUCGUGUUUACUCAGCGAGUAAAAAAAAAAAUGUCUAAGGUGCCCAAAUGUGAAGGAAUGCCUACUUCCUGAGGCACAAUCCGCCCACUUCCUUUACUACAGGAAAUGGGAUCUGGAAUUUUUAGAUAAUUAAACCAGCAAAUAUUUUCUUUCAGUCUUUUAUCCUUUUUUAUUGGUGGCACAUUGAAUGGCUGGUAAGGAGGCAGUUCUCUGAUAUCGAUAUUUUUAGAGUAUUAUUUGUACAGUUUCUUUAUUCAUAUUACUUGCAUUAUUUUAUUGAAAAAACAUUAGUAAAAUGGCAUUAAAUGUAAGUAGUUUCAUAAAAUAAAAAUAAUCAUCGAUGAAA